UACACUUAUGCGAAUGGAAUAAAGACCAUAGAUUUUAAGCCGCGACUGUUUUCUCCGCGCGCCGCCGUGAACAGUGAGUUGUACAUGGCACUAACGUACACUUAUGCGAAUGGAAUAAAGACCAUAGAUUUUAAGCCGCGACUGUUUUCUCCGCACGCCGCCGUGAACAGUGAGUUGUACAUGGCACUAAUUCUGGGGCCUCGAAUCAGCCUCCUCUGUACAGUUAUUUGUUUACUUAAAACCCUACAAACCUAGAGAUUCACGCCUCUUGUUUUAUAUUCACCUCAUUGAUCUUGUCUGCUAGAAACAGAGACCGAGCAUAAAUAAUAUCAGUAGCCCAUACACACCUGAUAAUUCAGAUGAUCUUUUUUCUGUGGCCAAAUAGAGGAAAGAGAAAAGCAGAUUCCAGCGAAAAUAAUUCUCUGCAGCUCCAGAAAUUCAUGAAACAAAUUUCUGUGUUUUUUUCGGAAAAUUUUCGAGGGCGCGGAUAAAUAUAACGUGGAGAUUUUCAUUUUCAAGAAAUUGGUCCUUCGUCAAUGUUUAGUGAUAUUUGUUUUGGGAAUCUUAUAUUGGAAUAGAUUUAAUGUCGAAAGAUUAACUAAUUAUAAGAUUUUACCACUCUACUGUCGCCGGUGAAGUAUUCUAAAAUUCGUCUUCAUCACUACGACUGGAGAUAUGUUAGAGUUGAGCUUCCUAAUGGGUUUUCAACUCUAUCCAUGAAGCUCACAACAGAUUGGGUAUCCGGAAAACGAGAUUUGUUUGACUUUUCAAAUGAUACUAUUCCACUAGUGUGCAUACGUUAUGGAGGACCACCUCUUGCAGAACUAGCAGUAAAAUCAGAAUCAUUUACAGCUCUUUCUGAUGGAUAUGUGCAUAAUAUGUCAAAUAUGGGACAUUGUACCUUAUUUCAGGAAAGCAUGAGAGUCAACUUGACAGAAGAACAGGCUUUGUCAAGAAUUCUUUACUUGGGAUUCUUCAAUGGUGUUGGUCCCAUACGCACUCAACCAAAAAUGAUGGCAAACGCUUAGAACAGAAGCAAAGGAACUCUUCAAAAAACUUGUCAGAAGAUAUCGAUGGCGCUUUAUAGGCGUGGGAUUUCUGUUAUUGGUUGCAUCAGUCCUGAGCAAGCACUUUGAAACUGUUCAAACGUACUGGUAUCGGCACAGUUUAUGGCAUGUAGGUAUCUAUACAUCAUCCUUAGUCUUCUUGUGCUCAAGUUUCUCUGCAAGGGAAAUUUAUGAGCAAAUCUCCAGCAACAUCGCAAACACUUCAAGCCUUAAUGAUACAGGAGAAAUUGAAUUGGCUGAUCAAUGAUAUAGGAGAAAUUGAAUUUGUUGAUCGAGGCGCUUAAACAUCAUCCAUGGCAAUUAUUUAAAUUUUGUAUUUUAGAAAAUACCUCUAUAUUGUAACUUUUUAGAUUACAUUUCAGUAAAUGUCCCUGGGAGAAAUCAUGAUGUGGUAUGCAAUUUCUUCAUCUGCUAGAUUUUUUUCAGCUUUGAGGAAAAAUAUGGUUCGUAUCAGUACCGAAGUUCUGGCUGUAUUUUUUAAAAGCCUUGGCAAUUCUAUGUGCGGAACAGCCAAAAUGGGCAAUCAAAUCGAAAGGGACGGUAUUUUGGCUGAAAGGCUUUUCUGAAAGUUUCACAGAUCUGUAAAUGAAAUUAAAUCAGAUGAUUUUAAUUACAUAACAAGACCCAAUGUUGUGACAGCUAUCUCAAUCACCAAAAGGGGUUAGAAUUUAGGACAACAUUGUUUCUUUAU